AUGUUUUGGCGAGGCGACGCGAACAACGGUCUCCAUGAUUUCAACAUCAUUCGACAAAUUCAACGGGAUGUCGGUAGUCAAAUGGUCAAAUCCUUUGACGUCUCCAUUUUCGAACAACGAAAUCCGGAGAAGACGCCUCGAAAAAUGCAAAUUAAUGAAUUUUCCAAGCUUGUGCCUGUCUUUUACGCCUUAUGA